ACACGUAUUUUAGUGACUCAUGGGCUGACCUACCUACCAAUGGUCGACAAUAUUAUUGUUUUGAAGAAUGGCGUUGUAACUGAGCAAGGAACCUACAAGCAGCUGAUGGAGAGAAAGGGAGAAUUUCAAGAAUUUCUCUUGCAAUACCUGUCAGAGGCAGAGGACGAAGAAGACACUCUAGAAGGUCUAGAGGACAUUAAACAUCAGUUGGAGAGUUCUCUAGGGCGGGAAGUAGUUGAGCGUCAGAUACGACACAAGAGAGAGAGCGAAAGUGAAAGCAUUUCAGAACAUGAAUUGAACAAAGACAACAGAACUGGCAUUGUACGGCGACGGGGUAGCAAGAAGAUUAGUGAGUCUGAAACAGGGAAAUUGGCAAGUGAUACAGUUGUUGCCAAAGAAAAGAAGAUUGGUGAAAAGUUGAUAGAAACGGAAAAAGCAGAAACAGGAAAGGUUCAAAUGUCAGUCUACAAGUACUAUAUCACAGCUAUUGGCAUUAUCCCAGCCCUAUUCACGAUAUUAUCUUAUACUGCUUCUAAUGGCUGCAUGGUGGGGUCCAGUAUCUGGCUAUCCAGAUGGGCUGAGGAACCACUUGAGGCUGAUGGGACCCUUAACACACAGAGAAGGGACAUGUACCUUGGUGUUUAUGGUGCACUCGGCAUAGGUCAAGCUUUUGCCAUCCUGUUUGGGGCAUUCUCUCUAUCAUUUGGUGCUCUUGAUGCCAGUGCCAAACUCCAUGCAGACAUUCUGUGUGGUGUCAUGCAUUUACCAAUGCAGUUCUUCGAUACAAAUCCCAUUGGCCGUUUGGUUAAUCGUUUUGGCAAGGAUGUCGACACUCUGGACAGUGUCUUGCCUUGGACUCUCAGAUCUUGGCUAAUGUGCUUUUUCACGGUAUAUCUGCUAUUGUAUCAGAGAUCAUUUAUUUUCGAGGACUGAUCCAAGGUGCAAAGAAACUUCAUGAGAUGUUGUUAAGGAACAUUUUGCGAGUUCCUCAGGCUUUCUUUGACACAAAUCCUCUAGGCCGAAUCCUUAAUCGUUUCUCUAAGGAUUUUGAUGCUGUUGAUG